CCUAUACUAUAUACAUACAUAAUCUAAUCGAAGUUACUUCUGCAGAGCCAAAAAAUUUACGACCAUAGAGGAUGGCAACGCGAAAAGGAGCAACGAAGCUCACACGCUUAUUAGGGAUAUGUGUGCCAACAAGUAAACAAAAUGCAGCUAAAAUACGCAUAAAAACAUUGGAUUUUGAUAGUCAUCUCCUGAUGUUAACACGUCUUAUUACUCAUAAGGUUCUUGAGGUCAUUUACCCAUUGGGUGAUAUUACAGACCCUAUAACUGGUAAAAAAGUAGUUGCAGGCAAAUAUAGGGAACAUAUAGAUGAAGAUGCCAGAUUGUUUGGAAAAUUAGAUUCUGCAUUUGAUUAUGAUAAGGCGAAGGAAAGAGGGUCAUUAGAAGGUAUACGAGACUUCACAGACAAAAAAACUUAUAUUAAAUUCACUGAUGAUCCAAACAGAGAUGAGCCAUAUGCAAUAGAUCCAAAUUAAAUUAUAAUACUUAUCUAGUUUCUUGAUGUAUAAUAAACAAAAUUCAUAUAUUAAAAAAGAUAAUUAUUUAUUAUUUUAGACCUCAAUACAAUUGUAGUGUAGGUAUAAAAAUCUGGUUUCAUUGUUGCAUAGAAAAAAGUGUUUUAAAAAUAGGAAGGUGU